GUCACGCGCCAUAAUCGGUCGUUCAAGAAAAACAAUUCUUUUAUUGCGAAUUUCAUUCAUUUUCUCUCUGCAAAAACCUUGCUAAACACAAAUAUCAUGGCUGAACAAGCAAGUCGCUCGACUGUUGCCUCAACAGUUGAAAAUUCUGCUGCACAAGUUGAAGAGGAAGAUGAGGACGAAGGAGGUCCGAUUCCCAUUCAAAAGUUGGAGGGAAACGGAAUAACUUCUGGCGACAUCAAAAAGUUACAAGAAGCCGGCUACUACAGUGUUGAAGCGGUCGCUUUCACACCACGCAAAACUCUGGCAACAAUCAAAGGGAUCUCCGAAGCCAAAGCAGACCGACUUUUAUUGGAAGCUCACAAAUUAGUCCCUCUCGGUUUCACAACUGCCACAGAUUUCCAUCAAAAACGCUCGGAAAUCAUUCAAUUGACAACGGGUUCUCGUGAAUUAGACAAACUAUUGGGCGGAGGCUUGGAAACCGGAUCUAUCACGGAAGUCUUUGGAGAAUUUCGGACUGGAAAGACUCAGUUGUGUCACACAUUGGCAGUUACAUGUCAACUUCCAAUUUCCCAAGGAGGUGGCGAAGGCAAAUGCUUGUACAUCGACACCGAAGGCACUUUCCGUCCCGAACGUUUACUUUCCAUCGCGGAACGCUACAAGAUGGAUGCGAAUGCCGUUCUUGACCACGUCGCCUUCGCUCGUGCCUACAACACCGACCACCAAACCCAAUUGCUCAUAAAUGCCGCAGCGAUGAUGGCCGAGUCGCGUUACGCCUUACUCAUUGUGGACAGUGCUACGGCCUUAUAUCGCACGGAUUUCAGUGGUCGUGGCGAAUUAAGUGCCCGUCAAAUGCAUUUGGCACGUUUUCUGCGCAUGUUAUUGAAGCUCGCGGACGAAUUUGGAGUCGCAGUUUUGAUCACGAAUCAAGUUGUGGCACAAGUGGAUGGUGCUUCGAUGUUCGCGGCUGAUCCGAAGAAACCCAUUGGCGGGAACAUAAUGGCUCAUGCAAGUACUACACGAUUGUAUUUGCGCAAAGGUCGCGGCGAGAAUCGAAUGUGCAAGAUAUACGAUUCGCCCUGUCUUCCCGAAUCUGAAUGCAUGUUCGCCAUCAAGGCAUCGGGUAUCGGCGAUGCCACCGAAUAAUGUAAAUUUUAUGAUAAUAAGAAAAAACGUUCGUAAAAUUUGAACGAAAACGCCAAUGUCAAACGAACAGAUGAUUCGAAAAGCUCAGAAUCAGCAUUUGCCGCACUGCAUUUAUACUAAUUUUUCGUUUUCUAAUGCUUUUUUUAAGAAGAAGAAUUAAAUUUAAUAUAUUUUGUGAAUUGAAAUAACAUAAAUUAAACAAAUAAAUAAGUAAA